GUGGGACACGUUUACAGUGGAGAAUGAGGUGGUGGAGGCAGUGGAUGGCCACACAGACAUCAUUUUCGCUAUUGUCACAAACAGGCAGUACACGCACGGGAGGCCCCUUGAGAAGGAAGUGCUGGCCUCUCGCACCUGGAGGCGCAACCACGACGGGUCCUAUGGCAUCACCACGUUCACCACCAACCACGACAGCAGGCCUGCGAACGCGCGCCGCCCUCGACUUGACUUCGCCUUGGGCUCAUGGGACAUCCUCCCUCUCACCCCCUCUCGUCCCAAGCACGGCCACGUCAAAUGCCUCGUGCGCCACGUCAUCGAACUCGGCUCUGCACCUCCCCCCUCCUCCUCCUCCUCCUCUCUCGCCUCCUCCGCCUCCUUUUCUCACUCCGCCGAAACCCCUCCCACUCCUAGCAGGCGCUCUGCCUCUCCCCACCACUUCCACCCCGGCUCCUCCUCCCCCAUGCACUCGCCUCUCCCCAACCCCGCACACGCGGUCGCGGGUGUGGCAAAAGCAGCAGCGGGGAGGCCAAUCUCUUUCAUAAAGGGUCUGAUGAAGGAGAAGAAGGAGAAGGACGGGAAGAAGGAGAAGGGGGGGAUAUGCUGAAGUCUGCGUCGGUGGCGGCGGGGGGAGGAGGGGGAAUGGUGUGGGAGGGGUGACGCCGGCGCAGCACGGGGGUUCGUUGGGGGAGGUGGAGGAGGAGGGGAGGCGGUGGCGCAUGUGGCGUUUGAGGAGUUUGCGGAUUCGUUCCCGUACGCGUCGCUGUGCCGCAUUGCUGGCUUGAGGGAGUAUUUCGCUGCCCAGCCUGCCAUGGAGGAGCACGUGGAGAGGAACACAGACGAGAUGGUGGCCAGCCUCAUGGAGAGGACGGAGUCGCUUGAGGACCAGUUCUUUGACGCUGAAGGCGAGGAGGCGGAACCCGCUAAGCAAAAGGUGUCGGCCAAGGCUCGCUGGCAGGGGCUCAAGUGGAUGGUGCAGUUUGGGUUCCGCCUGCGCUCACUGUUCCUAGUGGAGGAGGAGGAGGAGGACAAGGAGAGGUGGGAGGUGAGGAGAGAGCUGCAGGUAGAUGUCACGCCGGUGGACCUGCCGGCACUGGGGGAGGAGAUGCAGGCAGCGGCCUCCCUGCCUCUUGGGAAGGACCCCAAGGACGCCCAUGCGUGGAAGCAGGCGGUGGCGGAUAACUUCUGUGUGCGCGGGGCGACAUACCUCUCGGAUGGAAUCAAGAUCCCAGCAGCGCAGCCGCUUCUCUCCCUCCUCGCUGUGGACUGGUUCAAAUCCGACACCCGCAUUGACAACGUGGCGGCAAGACGUGGCUCCCUCAUGCAGUCGGAAGCAGGCAAGAAGCUUCCGUUCGUCUUCGUGCUCAACCUGCAAGUGCCUGGCAAGCCCAACUACUCGGCUGUUGCUUACUUCGCUGCUGAUCGGCCCGUGAAGCCGGACUCUCUGCUGGGCCGAUUCGUGAACAGCGAGGAGGAUUCUUUCCGCAACAGCCGCUUCAAGCUCAUCCCCCGCAUUGAGGAGGGCUUCUGGGCAGUGAAAAGGGCUGUGGGGACAAAGGCUGCUAUUCUCGGCAAGGCGCUGACCUGCAGCUACCACAAGGGGGAGAACUACCUCGAGAUGGACGUGGACGUUGGGUCCUCCUCUGUCGCCCGCAGCGUCAUUGGCCUCGUGCUGAGCUACGUCACUUCACUCGUUGUCGACCUUGCUCUGCUGAUUGAGGCACAAGCUGCGGAUGAGUUACCUGAGUACCUCUUGGGCACUAUCACUCUGAUGCGCCUCGAACCAAAGAAGGCUGUCGACCCGCCUCCUGCAUAAAAUGUAUUUUUAUUAAGCAUAUGCCAACCAACUAUGAAGAUCCCAUCUUCGCAAUGCACCUAUAGUAUGGGCUGACAUAGUAUUGAUUAUUCAUGUUUCUUGUGUUGCUUAGAAUGUGCAUGAGUGUUUGGUGGCAGGUACCCUUGCAGAAAUAGCAAUUCAUCCGAUUUGGCUACAACCACUUUACAUGAUAAUGAAUCAGGGCCUCAGAUUGCAGGCUUUUUACCCUGAUUCAGGGUAAAAUCAGGGCUUUUUCGGGGGGUGACCCUGAUGAGACAGGAUUUUUGUAAGACACGCCUGAAAUUUCAGCGUUUU